UGCUGCAAGAAGCGCAAACUACAGGCCGAGCAGCACCUCUUCCUACCGAAUGGAUAUAAACUUCCCGGUUAUCCGAGGCGCACCCUUUGGCUUCUUGUCAUUCCGGUUAUAGCCCCUGCAGCGACAAGGACGGUGUUUCUCCAUUUCUCCACCCUGCCUCCCUGGCUGGCUGAUAUUAUUAAAAGUUAAAAGGGUGUUCUGUAGGGAUCAUGGCACCAAAGAGGAGAGCUGCCUCUGGUGCCAAGAGAGGUGGCAAAAAGGUAAAACAGGAGCCCGAAGCACAGGAGCCCAAGGAUGCACUCACCUCUGCUAAAGAGGCCCUUUUGGCUGCAGGUCCCCAGGUAAAAGGCAAGAGGAAUGUAGAUGAGCACUGCUCACUGCAGAGCUCCGGGGAGGUACAUGAGGACUAUGACUGUAUGCUCAAUCAGACCAACAUUGGCAACAACAAUAAUAAGUUUUAUGUCAUUCAAGUUAUUAAAGACAAAUCCUGUUGCUAUACUUGGACCAGAUGGGGUAGAGUGGGGGAAGUGGGACAAUAUAAACUUAACACAUUUAACGAGUCCGAGAAGGCUGUCAAGGACUUUGAGAAAAAGUUCAAGGACAAGACCAAGAACAACUGGAGUGAUCGGUCAAAUUUUGUGUCUCACCCUGGGAAGUACACCCUCAUCGAGGUGGAUGGAGAGCAUGAUGCCGAGGUCAAGGUGGACACUGUCGAUGGACAAGUCGCAAAAAAGGUCCAAGCUUGCACUCUUGAUGACGCAACCAAGAACCUCAUCCAACUUAUUUUCAGCAAUGACAUGUUCAAGGAGGCGAUGGAAUGUAUGAACCUAGAUAUCAAGAAGAUGCCUCUGGGUAAACUCAGUAAGAUUCAGAUUGCAAAGGGCUUUGACGUGUUGGAAGAGAUUGAGGCAGCAAUAGACAAAAAAGGUGGAAAUAUAAAAAAACUGGAAGAACUUUCCUCGAAGUUCUUCACCACAAUCCCACACAACUUUGGCCGGACCAGACCGCCAACAAUCAACGACAAGGAGAUAGUGGAGAAGAAGAAAGAGAUGCUAAUGGUGCUGGCUGACAUUGAGCUCGCCCAGACUCUCAAAUCAGAGACUGAAAAGUCUCAGGAAGAGAUGAUAGAGACAGUUCCUCAUCCUCUAGACCAGGACUACCAUUCCCUCAAAUGCAGCCUCACACUAAUGGACAAGAACUCCGAUAGAUUCAAGAUCAUAGAAAAGUACAUGAAAGAAACUUCAAAUGGCUAUCGGAAUCCCCAAAUCGUCAAUGUGUGGGAAGUCGAUCGAGAGACUGAGGGAGAACGGUUCGGCAAGAAUGACGCUCUGGAGAACCGCCGUCUGCUGUGGCACGGCACCAAGAUAGCGGUGGUAGCAGCUAUCCUGAAGAGUGGUCUGAGGAUAAUGCCACAUUCAGGAGGCCGUGUUGGCCGCGGUAUCUAUUUUGCAUCUGAAAACAGCAAGUCUGCAGGUUACGUUGAGACCUCUAAAAACACUGGAGUGAUGUUUUUGAGCGAGGUUGCCCUCGGCAAAGAAUUCACCAUCACUAUGGACAGAUCCUCCCUCAAAACCGCUCCGGCAGGCUACGAUAGUGUGGUGGCACGAGGAUCCGUGGAACCAGAUCCAUCCAAGGACACCUACAUCACCUUUGAGGGCAAGCAGGUGGCUGUGCCUCAGGGUAAGGCUGUAGAUCAGCCGCAGUUCUCAAACAGCAGCUUCAGCAACAGCGAAUUUCUCAUCUACAAAGAGAGCCAGUGUCGCCUUCGCUACCUGCUGGAGCUCCACAUGGAUUAACUCAACUUGAGGAAAGAAUCCGGUCCUCUGAAGGAAAAUAUUAACUAAAAGGCUUGUCUCUGCUGGUUUAUAUGUACCCUAACAUGAUUUAUACGGGCUAGAUGACUUUUCUGCGUCUUGUAUUUUGCAAACCGUAAAACCUAGAUACACUGCACUUCUGUACAACAGAUAACUAUAUACGUUUUGCCGUGCAUGUCACGUUUACAUUUUCACUUCAUUAAAUGUGUAAACGUCUUCUAGAUAUUUUCACAGCUUUGCUUUCAAAUCACACACUACACUUACAAGUUUACUACUAUGUUAUAUUUGGCAUCCCAGCUCUAGACUGAGCGCUUACCCUUUACAUACCGCAUUAUAUAAUUCAAGUAGCAACACUGAUGACAUGAAUAAACAUAGUAGACAAAAAGUAAAAUAAUACUAUGUAUAGAUAUGUUUAUAGUUUAAAAUGCUAUUUGUGGCUAAUACUUGAGCACUUAAACAUCUAAUGUGCACAGAAAGUGCUCCUGCUAUGCAAAGUAAUGUAACAGGUUGGUCAUGAUAAACUCUGUUAUAAAUGCCACCAUUUGGUGUCAGUAAUGCGCUUCAGAAUGUACUUGUCUCCAGUUUUGCAAUAAAACCUUAUUUCAACCAACAGUUAAUGAAUAGACUCAAACCUUCUUGUUGCAAUGUUUUUGAUCUU